AUCAUACUCAUCAUGCCAGCAUAUGAAGUCGAGCAUGUCUGCAAGCUGACGGACGACCAANAAGACCAGCUUGCCGAGGCAAUCACCAAGAUCCACAGCCAGCAGUUUUCGACCCCGAGACUCUUUGUCAAUGUCCGCAUAACAGAUAUCUCAGACCAACGAACUUAUGUAGCAGGAAAACAGUACAAAAGCAAUCGCAUCUUUGCCUAUGUGAGACAUGGCCCAUCACGAACACAAUCCGACUACGAUGCUGUGAGCAAAGCACUGGAAGAGGAAUGGACAAGAAUUGUGCCAGGCACAGAGCUUCGACUAGUCAUGUUUUACGGAGCUAUCGUUGCCGGUAUGGAAGCUGGACUGUACAUUCCUCCUGCUGGACAGGAUGCCGAAUGGAUCAAGGAGAACUGGGAAACCUUUGUUAAAAAGGCAGAAAGUGGUGAUGAGCACUUUGCCGGAUUGAUUAAGCAGUAUAGUUGA